AGACUAAUCUCUGGCAUCCCCAUGAUGAGGGAAAUGCAUCAUCGCAAAUCGCUCACCUACAUGUCAUAUUCCUAUUUUUGCGUGUGGGUGGGCACAUGUGUUUUUUUUUUUUGUGGCCUCUGAGGAGGAGGAGGACGGGGAAGUAACUUUUUUUUGGAAGCAGAAGAGGGCUAUGACUGUCGUCACGGGAGACCAGUCCUGCUUUGUGUGUCGCGAAUGGCCCGCUCACUUCCUACUUGGAAUGGGAAGCCACCCCCUCGGUGAUUAAGGGGGCAGCAGGUUCCACAGGAAGUUGUGACGGAAAGUGUGUGUGUGCUGUUCCCUGUGCUUUACCCAAAAGGUGCCCAGGGUUGACUGGUGAUCAGGUGCCAGGGCCGAAAAGCCCAAAUCACUUCGCUUCCUGCACUGAUAUUCAUUUCAAAAUAGUGGAAAGCUUUGUGUAGUUUUGUGCUGUGUACUUUUUGUUGUUGUUUGUAUUUUUUGUGUUGCAUUAACUUGUGUUGUUUUAGGUCAUGUUAUUUUGUGUAGUGUUGUGUUAUGUUGUGUUAUGUGGUUUUGCUUUGUGUACCUUUGUUUUGAGUGUUGCUGUGGCUUGAAUUGUCUGUGCUGCUUUGUGUUGUCAUUUUGCAUAGUGGGAUGCUGUGUUGUGUUGUUUUGCGUUGUUUCUGGUGUUGUCUUGUGUUUUGUUGUGUUUAAAGGGGAAAUCCAGUGGCUUGCAUUAACGAUGUAUCCAAUAGGUCAUGUGAUAUGUACUCUAUCUUGAAAAAUGUGAUAAUCCUGUUUUGAGAAGAUUUUUAUCGCCAAUUAGGAAUUUUCAGGGGCGCUGCCAUUUCUGCGAGUCACAUGACCUACAUGCAAGGAUGUGACGUGUUAUGUGCCGUUCCAAACGCACGAUUGCUUGGGACACCAUUAUGCCUACCGCUGAUUUCUCGGAUUUAUCGUCAUCUGAUGAACAAAUAGCAGUAUCAGUUGAUCAGGAAAACGGAGAAAUACUUCCAUACAGAGCGGCAGAGCCGCUCGGCGUAGCGAGCUCGUCAGACUCCGCGUCAUUCCACCCGAAGAACCAUCCGGAUAUUCAACAUUAUUUACAGCCAAGCGGCGGAGCAGCCACAGCUUCAAAUCUGUAAGGAAGUAUUCCUCCGUCUUCCCGAUCAACUGAGUGGCCGAGCCGCUCACGGCUGUGUAUGGAAGUAUUCCUCCGUCUUCCCGGAUGCAAGCGGCCAAAAUGAGUUUCCUCCGCAGGGUGUCCGGGCUCUCCCUUCGAGAUAGGGUGAGAAGCUCGGUCAUCCGGGAGGGGCUACUCCUCCGUAUUGGGAGGAGUCAGAUGAGGUGGCUGGGGCAUCUGAUUCGGAUGCCUCCUGGACGCCUCCCUGGUGAGGUGUUGCGGGCAUGUCCCACCGGAAAGAGACCCCGAGGAAGACCCAGGACACGUUGGAAAGACGAUGUCUCUCGGCUGGCUUAAGAACGCCUCGGGAGCCCUCCGGACGAGCUGGAAGAAGUGGCUGGGGAAAGGGAAGUCUGUGUAUCCCUGCUAAAGCUACUUCCCAUGCGCCCUGACCCGGAAAAGCGGUAGAUAAUGCAUAGAUGGAUGGAUUUAACAUCACAUUGUCAAGAUAGAGUACAUAUUACAUGACGUAUUGGAUACAUUGUUAAUGGAAACCACUGGAUUUCCCCUCUAAUGACAGAUUUUGUGUUUUUGUGGUGUUUUGCACUGUUUUUGUUGCAUAUAUAUAUUUUUUUUGUAGUUUCUGUUUUGUGUUGUGUGCAGUCUUGGACGCGGCGCGGUGUAAAGUCGAAAGGUAUCGGUGACUUGCUCGGAAGUCCAGAAAUUUGGUUAAUGAUCCUUGUCAGGUAAGGAUGGGCGAGAUUUCAGCGGGUAUGUUUCACGGCUUUGCAAUUUCAAGCAUGUCACUUCAGUGUCGUCAAGGUAAGAACAAUGGGGUCAUGGAAGGGACAAAAAGUCAGCGCUUAACACAAAAAUAGACAAAAAGAGUGGAAGUCUGAAGUUGAGAUGAGAGGCAAAAGACGGAAGAACUAAAGAAAAAUGUUAACGCAAGACUCAAAAUGUGUGAAAAUGUCCGUGCGACAAGACAAGUAUCAGUUUUGGAUACAGACGACAAAAAUGUGUCAGUAUCUCAACUAGUGACGUCACUUUGUCUGUCACGUUUCUGCAUCAUCAUAGUUACAAAGGGAAGAACGAUGACAACGAUGAUAAUGAUGAUAAUGACAAUAUCUCGGAGGGCAGCCUUGUUUCCUCCAAACUAAAACGUUGUCAUAGUUACAGCUGCACUGUGAUUAGACUAUUCUAAUGGCGCCCCCUGCUGGACAUGGAGACAAACGUGUUUCACUCAUCCACUCACUACGUACAAUAAUCAUUUUUCUCCACCGAGUUUGGGUUAUUUUCAUAUAAUUUGAUCAAUAGCGGUAAAGAUGCGUGCCACUGAAUUUCCUUUUGAAAAUGGUUGCAUUUGACUGAUAUAAGUGUUUCAAUUAAGAUUUCUGAGGUGAAAUAACAGGAUAGGACAGUAAAUAUGCAGUCACACAACAGUAGAUGGGAAAAAAAUAUAUAUAUUUCUUGAGAUAUAUAUGAGAAUGGUGUAAUGUGUAUUAUUAUGCACCUCUGCAGAGUUUGGAGGGGAGCAUAUAAACAUUGUGCUACUCACAUGAUUUUUAUUAUUAUUUUUUUUUUUAAUGAGGCUGUUUAUGUCUUUACCGUUAGGUGUGUUUCAGUACGUCACCACCAUUUGCGCUCUCGGUGGUUUUAGCUACAAACAUGCAAACUCCACACAGGCGGGGUCGGGAUUUGAACCCCAGUUCUCAGGAUUGUGAGGCGUAUGCCCGAACCAGUCACCACCAAGCAACUUCUUUUUUUACUUGUGGCACAUGCCUCCACUCACUUCAAUAUGCCGUAAUUUCCGACUUUUUUCACACGCUUUCAACCCUGCGGCUUUUGCGGUGAUGCGGCUUAUGUGUACAUUUUUUUCUAAUGGACGCCAGGGGCACUCGAACAUAAAAGGUAAGAGUGAGACCGGUGGAAUAUAUGUGCUGAGGAAGUGACUUCUACCUGUAUAUAUAUUUUUUUAAACCAGCCCUGUUAGCGCUGAGCUAGCGUGUUGGUGCUGUGUUACUGCUGUGUCUCAGUGAUUUUUACCGGUAUGUUUUCAUUUUUUAUUUUAUUUUUUUAACCGGCCCUCUUAGCGCUGUGCUAGUGGGUUGCUGCUGUGAUACUCCAGCGUCCCAGUAAUUUUUACCAGUAUGUUAUUUUUUUUAACCAGCCCUGUUAGCGCUGAGCUAGCAUUAGCACUGUACUAGCAUGUUGGGGCUGUGUUACUGCUGUGUCUCUGUGAUUUUUACCAGUAUGUUUAUUUUUUUAACCAACCCUGUUAGCACUGUGCUAACGUUUUGCUGCUGUAAUACUGCCUCGUCUCAGUGAUUUUUACCGGUAUGUUUUAUUUUUUUUACCGGCUUUGUUAGCGCCACGCUAGCGUUUUUCUGCUAUGUUACUGCCGUAUCUCAGUGACUUUUUUUUUUUUAACGGCUCUGUUAGUGCUGUGCUAGCAUGUUGCUACUGUGUAGCUGCCGUGGCUGUCUUUUUUUUUUACUGGUAUGUUUUUUUUUGUUUUUUUUUACCAGCCCUGUUCAUGUUACUGUGUUGUUGCUAUGUUAAGCUAAGCUAAGGUAUUAAAACUUCGAAAACUUCUGUGUACCAUCUUUGUGAAUAUGUAGUGUUUCAAUGUGGGUUUCACUUGCGGCUUAUACACGGGUGCUGCUUAUGUAUGUACCAAAUGGUAUUUCCUUUACAAAUGUACUGGGUGAGUCUUAUAAUCCGGUGUGCUCUGGAGGCCGGAAAUUACUGUAGUUUCAUGGUACCAAGAUGGUACUAAAGCACUACUUUUCUGUUGGAUAUGACUUUUACUUGUGUAAUAGAAGCUUCUCCCCUCACUUCUAGGCACUUUUCAGCAAAUAUGUUUAGUUUGAGCCACUAGGUGCCAGUGUUUCCACAUCUUAUACAGCAAACAUUAGAUAAUCGUGGUAUUGUGAUGGCUAGUUUGGAACCGUGGGUGUCACCGUUUCUCCUGAAAUGUGCUCUACUGUUCUUGUUGCUGUCAAUCUUGAAAGUUUUGCCUUUUCUAUCACAGACCCCCACCCCACCCCCGUCCCCCCCUGAGAUACAAGGCUGACGUCACGAGAGAGGUGGGGUGUUGCCGGGUGCUGUGGGGUUCUAGAGUGGGUGUAGUUUGUGUCUCAGUGGAGGCUCGGACGCUGUGACUUGAGGUAGGUGAGAUACACGUUCAACUUUUCCUCGCUGCCGCUCAGUAACAGAAUUCGCGUGAUGAACAUUUUAAAGUCAAUAGAAAUCGGGAUAUAGUAAUACAAAUUCGGGAUGUUUAAGAGACCCAAGGCUGAGGUUUUAGAAGUAAAAGUUUUUGGAACAUGAAGGCCAUGAUUUUUGGAUGCACAAGAUGAAUGUUUUUGGAAGUUAAAAGUUUCUGGGGGGGUGAAUGUAGAGGAUGACAUUGAAGAUGGAGGUUUUGGGGACAUGAAAGUAUUUGGAGGAGGACGUUUUUGAAAGCAAGUUGAAAAUCAAGGUUUUGAGAAGUUUAAUGUACUUUGAAGAUGAAUGUGUUUGAAAUUUGUGAUUUGCAGAAGUUGAACAUGAAAGAUUUUGGAAGUGGGAGAUGAAAGUUUUAAGAUGUUAAGAGGUUGACGAUUGGAGGCUUUUAGAACUGGAACAUUUCUGUAAAAUCAAAAUGUUAUUUUUUUUAUAAAAUGAGGGUAUGGGUUGGAAGAUGAAGGGAUGUGGAAGUUUAACAUUCAGGAUUUUUUGGAAGUACCUUAGAGAUGUUUUUGGGACGUUGGCGAUGAAGGUUUCUUAAAGGUGACGGAGAACUUUUGGUGGAUGAAAAUAAAGAUUUAGAGGCUGAAGUCUAAGGUUUGGAAGUGCAGCACAAAUACAUUUUGGGAGGUAUACUUUUAAAAACAAAUGUUUUUGGGAUUUUAUCCAUGGAUUAAUGAGUACUGUUGGCUGUGUGACACUUUGUGAGAAGACACCUUGUCGAUGGUCGGCGUGUACGCGCGUGUGUGUGAGGGAGUGCACGAGCAACCUAAGGCGCUGAGGCUUGACGCGGCUGCAAGUAGCCGACUUGUCAAGCUAAAAUUAAGCCCAGCGUGAUUUGGAAUGUUACACUUGGGCGCUAAGACGUGCCGGGACGGGAACAGGAAGAAGACAAAUGUGCUUUUGCAUGGGUUUAAACACCCGCACUUUUCCCAGUGGAAGGGUCCAACAAGCACACUUUGGGUUUUUUUUUUUUGCACCCACGCUUUUUCCCUGGAACCUUUUCCAACAGGUACACUUUGUCACAGCACCAAAACACCCACACUUUUACUGCACACGUGCAGUAAAAAAAAAAAGGGCUGCAGGUGUUUCAAGACCCAUAUACUACCCGUAUAAAGUUGUUUAGUUUACUUUCCCCGGUGAAAGGUCCCGACACCCGCGCUUUUCCUGCCGUCGUGCACAACUACCAGACUGUCGCUCUUCAUCACGAGGCACACGUACACACGUUUGUGAGGCAUUAAAGAGGGUGCACGGAUGACAAAUGAGGGUGCGCCGUUGAUAAAUGAGGGUGCGCAGCCUCCAAACUAUUCUUAGCGGCGCUAAUGGUAUAGAGUUACUCGCGCCUCAUUCUCUCUCUCGCUUCCAUCAUCGCUCGGCCUCGCUCACCCUCUAUGAUGAUGUCAUGUGAUGUGUUCAAUGUCUUUUUUUACAUGUACUCAUUUUUUUAGCAGAACCCCAUCCACCCCGGUCCACCCUUGCAUGUGAGUGGGUGCCCCCCCACCCCACCCCGCCCCCCACAAGAAGUGAGUCAUGACGGACCCCAGGGACAUCGAUGAGGACGCUAUCCUCAAGGGUCUGAGUGCCGAGGAGCUGGACCAGCUGGAGUAUGAAUUGGCAGAGUUGGACCCCGAGAAUGCCAUGCUGCCAGCUGGCUUUCGGCAGCGUGACCAGACAAAGAAAAACCCGACGGGACCGUUCGACCGCGAUGCUCUGAUGCAGCACCUGGAGAAAGAGGCCAUGGAGCACCCGGACCGAGAGGAGCUGGUGCCUUUCACAGGGGAGAAGAAAGGAAAAGCCUUUGUGGCAAAAAAGGCAGCCGAGAUUCCCGUGCACGAGCAGGUCAUCCUAGAGCCCGAGCUGGAGGAAGCGCUCAAGAACGCCACCGACGCCGAAAUGUGCGACAUCGCAGCCAUCCUGGGCAUGUACACACUGAUGAGCAACAAGCAGUACUACGACGCUCUGGGCACCACCGGAACCAUCGCCAACACGGAGGGCAUCAACAGCGUGGUGAAAGGAGACCCUUUCAAGAUCUUCCCCGACGAGCCGCCCAACCCCACCAACGUGGAGGAGACCCUGGAGAGGAUCCACAACAAUGACAGCAGCCUGACCGAGGUCAACUUUAACAACAUCAAGGACAUUCCCAUCCCGACGCUGAAGGAGAUCUUCGAGGCAAUGAAGGGAAACUCUCACGUGGAGGUUCUGAGCAUCGCCGCCACCCGUAGCAACGACCCCGUGGCCUACGCGUGCGCGGAGAUGCUGCAGGAGAACACCAGCCUGCAAAGUCUUAACAUCGAGUCCAACUUCAUCACCUCGGACGGCAUGAUGGCCGUCAUAAAGGCCAUGGCCAACAACGCCACGCUUGUGGAGCUCAAGAUCGACAACCAGCGACAGAAACUCGGCGACUCUGUGGAGAUGGAGAUCGCCGCCAUGCUGGAGAACAACUCCAGCAUCCUCAAGUUCGGCUAUCACUUCACGCAGCAGGGCCCGCGCGCCCGUGCCGCCAUGGCCAUCACGCGAAACAACGACAUGCUUCGGCAGCAGCGGCUGAGAUGAAGAGUAGAAGGACACAUCACUUGUCACACGCAGCAUCUUUUUUUUUCUUUUUUUUUUUAGGACAUGUGACAUGAUGAUUCAUCUCAUUUGUGGGGGGAAGGAGCGUCUGUAAAUACUUUCAAUAAAAUAUUUAUUCAAAUCGC